CCGUUAUUGGUCAAUCUUCUUAAUUCUAUAGUGGCCAAUGAGCAGAGACCUAGGUGAAUAUAUAAACUCAAGUACCGCUUUGUGUCACACUACUUUUAGAUCUUCAGAUAAAGGUAAUCAUGUCUGGAAGAGGUAAAACCGGAGGCAAAGCCAGGGCGAAGGCUAAGACCCGCUCAUCCCGUGCAGGACUCCAGUUCCCCGUCGGCAGAGUGCACAGACUCCUCCGUAAGGGAAACUAUGCCCACCGCGUCGGUGCCGGAGCUCCCGUCUACCUGGCGGCGGUUCUCGAGUAUCUGACCGCUGAGAUCCUGGAGUUGGCUGGAAACGCGGCCCGCGACAACAAGAAGACCCGCAUCAUCCCCCGCCAUCUGCAGCUGGCCGUCCGCAACGACGAGGAGCUCAACAAACUUCUCGGCGGAGUGACCAUCGCUCAGGGCGGUGUGCUGCCCAACAUCCAGGCCGUCCUUCUGCCCAAGAAGACCGAGAAGCCCGCGAAGAAAUAGAAUCAAAACCAGACUACUAUUAACAAAAAGGCUCUUUUAAGAGCCACUCACAUCUUAACUAAGCAGUAUUUCCUGAAAUCCAAAACCAGUGCUAGACAUUAGGCCAGGGGUGCCCAACUUUUUUUGACCCAAGAUCUACUUUUCAAGUCGCCAACCUCCCGAGAUCUACCGGGGGGGGGGGGCACCUU